CACAUUCAAGUCCAUCAAAAAUGUCUAACACCAACACCGCUCUUUUCACUCCCAUCAAAAUCGGUCCUAUCAACUUCAAGCAUCGAAUUGUCUUUGCCGCUUUGACACGUGGUAGAAACGAUGAGAACCACGUCGCUACCGACCUCCAGGCGGAAUACUACGGUCAGCGUGCUACCGAUGGUGGCCUUAUGAUUGUUGAGGCCAUGAAUGUCAACCAGCAGGCCGGUAUGAGUCCUGGUACUCCUGGUAUCUUUUCCAAGGAGCACGUUGAGGGCUGGAAAAAGGUCACUGCUGCUGUCCACGCGAAGGGUGGUUAUAUCCAGAGUCAGCUUUGGCACCAGGGCCGUGCCGCUUCUUCCAAGUAUAUCAAGGAGACCCCCGUUGCUCCUUCUGCCAUUGCCAUCAAGGGCAUGGAGUUCAUGGGUGAUUAUGAGUACGAGACUCCCCGUGAGAUCACCAAGCAGGAGAUGGAGCAAUACGUCAAGGACUUCCAGCAUGCUGCCAAGUGCUCUCUUGAGGCUGGAUUCGACGGUGUUCAAUUUCAUGCUGCAAAUGGUUUCUUCUUUGACCAAUUCUUCAACUCUGCGUCCAACCAGCGUACUGAUGAGUACGGUGGAUCCCCCGAGAACCGUGCCCGAUUUUUCUUCCAGAUUCUGGACGGUUUGGUCGAGGCUGUUGGAAUUGAGCUUAUCUCUGUCCGACUCUCUCCUUGGGCUGCUUUCCUCGAUGUCGAGGAUGAUGACUCUUACGCCACUUGGGGUUACGUUGUCAAGAGGCUCCAAUCUGAAUACACCAAGCUUGCUUUCCUUGAUAUGGUCGAGCCCCGCUCAGUGUUGUACGACGACCAUUACAACUUUGAGCAAAAGGAGUCUCUUGAUCCUUUCCGUGCUAUCUGGAAGGGACCUAUUGUCACAACUGGUGGUUACACUUACGAUCCUAAGCGCGCCUUCGAUAUUGCUGAGAAGUAUCCUAACAACUUGACUGGUUUCGGUCGUCUUUUUAUUGCGAACCCCGAUCUUGUCGAACGUCUUCGCAACAACUGGCCUUUGAACAAGUAUAACCGUCCUACUUUUUACGUUGGUGGCGCCAAGGGUUACGUUGAUUACCCAUUCUACGAGACCAAAUGAACUACUCUGAUGGAUCUUUU